GCCGCAGCACACGAGGGCGUCCGGCUUAAGUCUGCCUGGUGCCCUUAAAAGUAUCUCUCACGGCACAACGGCCACCUCUCUCUUUCUCUCUCUCUCCUUGCCGUCUGCCUGUUUCUCUCUCCUCGCCGCGCCGCCAUGAACAACCUCCUCACUGAUUCCUUUGAGCUUCCUCGGCGGGAUUCCUCAAGAGAUGGGGACAUUGAAAUGGGAAUGCAUCAGGCUGAUGCUUCAGAUAAUUUAAAAGGUUUCUUAAAAAAGGUUGAUGGAAUCGAGGGCCUAAUUGCUAAGCUGACGAAUCUCUUGACUAAGCUCCAGACUGCAAAUGAGGAAUCAAAAGCAGUUACAAAAGCAAGCGCCAUGAAAGCAAUUAAGCAACGGAUGGAGAAAGAUAUCGAUGAAGUGGGGAAAAUUGCUCGUACGGCAAAGACCAAAGUUGAUGAACUGGAAAAAGAUAACUUAUCAAAUAGGCAGAAACCUGGAUGCGGUAAAGGGUCUGCGGUAGAUCGAUCAAGAGAGCAGACCACUGGAGCAGUGAAAAAGAAAUUGAAGGAACGGAUGGAUGAUUUUCAGGUUUUGAGAGAAUCAAUCCGUCAGGAGUACCGUGAAGUUGUUGAAAGAAGGGUGUUUACAGUAACUGGUAAUCGCCCUGAUGAGGAGACAAUUGACGAUUUAAUAGAGACUGGGAGAAGUGAACAAAUUUUCAAAGAUGCGGUCCAACAGCAGGGGAGAGGCCAGGUAUUGGAUACCGUAGCUGAGAUACAGGAACGACAUGAUGCUGUAAGGGAUCUAGAGAGGAAGCUUCUGGAGUUGCAGCAGAUAUUCCUGGAUAUGGCAGUAUUGGUUGAGGCUCAAGGAGAUAUGAUCAACCACAUAGAGACACAUGUUUCAAAUGCCACCAACCACAUACAGCAAGGUGUGGGUGCUCUCCAGAACGCAAAGAAGCUGCAGAAGAACUCGAGGAAGUGGAUGUGCUAUGCCAUCAUCCUUCUCCUUGUCAUUGUGGCCAUCAUUAUCCUCGCGGUUAUCCAGCCAUGGAAGAAGUAACGCCUGAGCACGGACAGAAACCGAAGAUCUUCUCGGGAUAUAUAUAUAUAUAUCGCUUUUUUCUUUUCUUUAUCUGUUUGUGCAAUGUGUGUAGUUCUGUGGCCGAUUUACACUCCUUUGUCGCCUGUACGUAUGUUUCAACAAGACAAAGCCCAUAUUGUUUGCCCCCUGACUGGGCGCUGCUAUUGGUUUGCGAGUUUCAUAUGCUCUAAUUGGUCAAAACUGGUGAAUGUGAAACGCGAUUGUGCAUCCUGAUUCCUGAA